UUUUUAUAUUUCACAAUGUGUGUAUCUGUGCGCUAACAAUGUAUUUUAUUUUUUGGCGGUGAUGUACAGCCCCCGAAUAGACAAAACACUAACAUCUUAAACAGUUUCAACAUCUGCUUAACAUCUGCUACCGCCACGGUUAACCCAAUUACGCAUGUUGAUGUGCAAUAUAAGUGCAUUAUUAAGGUAAAAUGUGCUUUACUAUCUCUUUAAAACUCUGGAAAGAUAUAUAAUGACAAUGAAUUAUGUAGUACAGUUAUCUUGUGAUAGGAUACUGUACGCUAGGUGGCAGACGGAUCUAGUUAUUUCCAACACCGAAAGCGCAGAGUUCAGAUACCAUACCACAUAGACACAUCCACCGAUUCCCUCAUACAAUUCAGUGAUAACUUCACUUGAUUUGUGUUAUUAAUACUUACAGCGUAACAACUAUUGUUUCCCAUCUCAUUUCUAAAAUGUGCAAAUAAAUGUCAAAAUGACAUACUUGCCCUAAACCGUAUAGCCUACGUUUACAAUAACACACCCGUUAUUCUCAUUGCUUUCUCUGCCUUUAUUCAAAUACUUUACAUUAUACUCUUGUGUUAUAAAUAAGUCGACGAUACAUUUUUUAACGUCAACAGUGAGCUUUAUACAUGAAAAACACAGACGAGAACGCCAUUGUCGUGUAUCUAACGUUUUAAAUUGCCGAGACGACAGAAAGCACAGCUUGUGUCACAUUACUAUUAAAAAUGUAGACAAUAACUGCAAACAAACCACAGACAAAUACAAACUUUGAGGCACUCGGAAGAAGCCAUUCAAUUCCCACGCCAGUUUAUUUCACAUGUACGGUAGCUUAUUUUUGUCUUUCUUUCCUUUUUUUCUAUUCUAUCCAGGGUUUCUUCCUCUUUUUGUGACAAUAGGCGACCCAUACUAAUCAGGUCUCAAAGUAAAUAGCCGCGCAGGGCGAGCUCAAUGUAAAUUGUGCUUGUCAGAACCCCAGCCGUAGGUAGCAAGGAACGAGGGCUCUAACCAAUGGAGUGAAGGAGGCUUGGCUAACCUUAGCCUCCCAUUUUUCUCCCCCCAAUGCAGGGCUCUGACCAGUCAGUCGCCUUUGAUUAUCAGUUGCCAGCAGCCCCUCUCUUGGCUCCUUGACAUGAGCACCAUAUAAGGCGCAGCGAUCUCCAUAGAAACGUGUCAGUUUCAAUAGUAGUGUCAAAGUUCACUAUAUACAGACAUUCGCGCAGAUCCCCGUUUCGGAAACAUUGCUCUGCGUGUCUUCCCGUUUAAGCGCAUUCAGUUUCGGGUCUCUCCUCCUUGCAUAUUCUAUUAGUUUCUAGUUUUCUCUUUCGCUCCAUUCCUGCCGGAGAGGUGAAACUAAUGCAGAGGCACACUUUAGCGACGUAUUUUGUUUGGUUCCAGAUGAGUUUAAUUUAGAAUAUGUAUUAAAAAAAAAAUCCGAUCUUCGUUUUUUUUUUUCUUCCUCCUUUGAAGACAGGAGUAAGGAGCAAGGAAGCAAGAAGAGGAUUUAUUUCUCGCCGUACUUUGGAUCGCUUGUAUUAUUAUUAUUUAUUUUUAUUUUUUUUUAUUUGUGUGUGUGUGUGUGUGUGUGUGUGUGUGUGUGUGUGUGUGUGUGUGUGUAUGUGUGUGUGCGUGUGCGUGUGCGUGUGUUGCUUCGCAGUGAAUCUGGCCUCACCAUUAUCACUGUAAAGCAAACUCUGUAAUAUCCACUCGUUCUCUCUUUUCAAGAUUGGUUUCCUGAAUGGCUGGCUGCAUUUUGCCCUGGAACUGGCCUCCCGACACUUGCAUAUCCUGAUCGGGUGCCUUUUCAAUACCACUUUUGAUUUGAAUGUAUUGAUAUUUUUCUCCGUGUCCUCUAACAGUGUAUGUGAUCGCCUGCUCAGAUUUGACUUUUCCACGCCCGUGUGUUUAGAAUCUCCUUAGCCACUUUCAAAAACACCAGCGAUCAGCUCGCUAUAUAGCACUUUUUGGGCCCGAGAUAUGGCAAUGGUAGUUAGCAGUUGGCGAGAUCCGCAGGAAGACGUGGCUGGAGGAACUCCGAGCGGCCCGAAUCCAGCAACCCAGCCGACGAGAGAGCAGCAGCAGACGGCGUCUGCAGCACCACUUACCCCGCAAACCCCAAGCCAGCCGGGACCCCCGUCAACGCCGGGGACCGUCGUGGAAAAGCAGACGCAACAGAAUUCAGGUCAGACUCCACAGCAUAUUGAAUGUGUGGUCUGUGGAGACAAAUCCAGCGGAAAGCACUACGGUCAGUUCACCUGCGAGGGCUGCAAAAGUUUCUUCAAGAGGAGUGUCCGAAGGAACUUAACGUACACAUGCCGUGCCAACAGGAACUGUCCCAUUGACCAGCACCACCGCAACCAAUGCCAGUACUGUCGUCUGAAGAAGUGUCUCAAAGUUGGCAUGAGGCGGGAAGCGGUUCAGCGAGGAAGAAUGCCUCCAACCCAGCCGAACCCAGGCCAGUACGCGUUGACGAAUGGGGAUCCCCUGAACGGCCAUUGCUAUCUGUCUGGAUACAUCUCGUUACUGCUGCGGGCCGAGCCUUACCCGACCUCCCGCUACGGCAGCCAGUGCAUGCAGCCCAACAAUAUCAUGGGCAUAGAGAACAUCUGCGAGCUGGCAGCUCGCUUGCUUUUCAGCGCCGUGGAAUGGGCCAGGAACAUUCCUUUCUUCCCCGAUCUUCAGAUCACCGACCAGGUAUCCCUCCUCAGGCUGACUUGGAGCGAAUUGUUUGUGCUGAACGCGGCGCAGUGCUCCAUGCCCCUCCACGUGGCCCCUCUACUGGCAGCGGCAGGCCUCCAUGCCUCUCCCAUGUCAGCGGACCGGGUUGUGGCUUUCAUGGAUCACAUCCGAAUCUUCCAGGAGCAGGUCGAGAAACUCAAGGCCCUGCACGUCGACUCGGCAGAGUACAGCUGCAUCAAAGCUAUAGUGCUCUUCACAUCAGACGCUUGUGGCCUGUCAGAUCCCGUUCACAUCGAAAGCCUGCAGGAGAAGUCUCAGUGUGCCCUGGAAGAAUAUGUGAGAAGUCAGUACCCCAAUCAGCCCAGCCGCUUUGGCAAGCUCUUACUGCGGCUUCCUUCGCUCCGCACCGUCUCCUCGUCGGUCAUUGAGCAGCUCUUCUUCGUUCGCCUGGUAGGUAAAACCCCGAUAGAAACCCUCAUCAGGGAUAUGUUGUUGUCCGGGAGCAGCUUCAACUGGCCUUAUAUGUCCAUCCAAUGAUUACAUUGAGAACAAAAAACAAGCAAAAAAGAGACUGAGGCUAAGAGGACCAAAACUAACCACCGCAACAAUAAGAAAAAAGUACAACAUCGUCAACAACAACAACAACAACAACAACAACAACAACGUUUAGGGAAACCAAGAACUCCAUAGGAUUAAAUAUGUAUGCAUAAAAAAGAAAAGGACUGCAAGUGCAAAUUGAAAGGACCUCCUUCUUAUCUGUGAACGCGUUGUUUUUGUUUUUUGGGGUUUUUUUUGUUUGUUUGUUUGUUUGUU